AUGGUUUAUCGGUCAAACAUCGUUCCGGCAUUGUAUGGUGACUUCAUUGGAUACGAACUUGUAAAGGAGGGAGACCCAUAUCCAUGGAGCCUCAGGCCAGUCCAUUUUCCCUCCAACAAAUCGAUCUGGUUUGUCUUAGCCAUCCCUAAUAUUGAAAACCCAAAGAGGAAAGUGGUUCUUGACUUACAUGGGAAGAAGGUUGAGAGCAGUGAGAGUACAAAAUGGUAUCAUAACAUGCAUGCAAAGAUGAUGGCCGCGGUUAGGUUAGGGAAUUUGGAGGAGCUUGGGUUUGGGAUGUCUUCGAGUAUGAAGACGGAGGCCAUUCUUUCAAAGGUUCGUACCUGCCUUUUACUCUGUAAAGGCUGCGCGAAUGAGGUGGGGACGUUAGGAUGUUGCAUCGCUGGGGUGGGGCCCACCGUUUUCGCCUUGACUGAUGACGAAGUAAAAGGGCAAUGCAUUGGAGAGCUGAUGGUCCAGGCUUUCGAGGAAGAUGGGGGUGUAUCAGUUGUCGCCAUGGUUCAGACCCUCGACAGGUUGGGAGCUAGGCUCAUCUCACGUCAAUUGUAA